UGACGGCCGGUUCGCCACAGAGCCGGGCGGAAGGCGCCGCGAUCGGGCACCGGGAGGCGGAGCACGGGGAAUACAGGCUUCCGCCUUCCAGCCCGCUGGCGUUGGGAGGGGAGGGGAGCUGGGAAUUCGGGAGGAUUGGCUGCGAGGAUGGUGUCGCUGCUGCCGCGCAUCGAGCGGCUCUCGUCGCGGGUGGUGCGGGUGCUGGGCUGCAACCCGGGGCCCAUGACUCUGCAGGGCACCAACACCUACCUUGUGGGCACCGGGCACAGAAGAGUCCUUAUUGACACCGGAGAGCCAGCUAUUCCUGAAUAUAUCAGCUGUUUAAAGCAGGCACUGUCAGAGUUCAAUGUCUCUAUUCAAGAAAUUUUAGUGACACACUGGCAUCGUGAUCAUACUGGUGGAAUACCUGAUAUCUGCAAAAACAUCCCGAAUGACUCAGGAUAUCGCAUCUGUAAGCUCCCUCGUGUCCCUCACUGUGAAGAAACAAUAGAAGGAGGACAUAAAUAUUCUUAUCUUAAAGAGGGUGAUGUGAUACAGACAGAGGGAGCCACACUCAGAGUUUUAUAUACACCAGGACACACUGAUGAUCACAUGAUUUUACAUCUAGAAGAAGAAAAUGCUGUAUUUUCCGGUGACUGUAUUUUAGGGGAAGGAACAACAGUAAUAGAAGACCUGUAUGAUUACAUGAAAACUUUGAAAAGGUUGUUAGAAAUGAAACCAGAUUUGAUAUAUCCAGGUCAUGGCCCUGUAGUACGUGAUGCAAAUACUAGAAUCCAAAACUACAUUUCUCACCGAGUUGCACGUGAACAGCAAAUUCUAAAUGUGUUCCAGAAGAAUACUGGAAAAUCAUACACAUCCUCAGAGCUUGUAAAGAUAGUAUACAAGGAAAUCCCUGAAAAUUUACUUCCAGCAGCAGAAAAUAACCUCCUAGUCCACUUGAAGAAGCUGGAAAAAGAAGGAAAAGUGUUACGUGACGAAACUCCCAGCUUCAGAUGGAAAAACAAUUUAUAAGUUAUGCAAGAUUUCUCAAGAAUAUAUUUAAUCUGCACAAUUGCUGUAUGAAAAAGUAUAAUGAUGAGCUCAGCCUAUAUGUAAAAUAAAAACUAAUUUUUACUUAUUUUUUUAAAAUCAGUAACACAGUUUUAAAGCAAUGUUACAGUCAGUUAACUAAUGUUUUUCAUAUUCUACUUCAUAGGGAUUUUAAAAAUAUCCUGAUAGGUACUGAGUUAAUAAAGUGGAAUGAGCGUGAAGAACCAAAUCAUAUCUUUGUUACAAAAUGCCCAGUUUUAUCAUCAGUGGCAGAAGACAAAUAGCAAGGUCUUAUGAACUUAAUAUUAUGAUAUCAUAAAGCAAUAUGAUAAACUUUAUAAAUCAGAUAUUAAAAAAAACUCCAGUAG